UUUUUCCCUUAGACAGGGGUCAGCUGAAAGACAAAGAGAAAUGGCGAGGAGUUUGAAAGGAGAGCAGACCCUGUCUGUCUGGCUUCAGAAAUGGAUAUUGCACAGUAUCGUCCUUGCAUGUCCUCAUGCCUUUGUCCUUUCUUCUUUCUCCUCUUUCUUUUUUUUUUUCUCCCCCUCUCUCUCCCGAGAGGGGGGAGGGUUAGUGAGAGUGGAGCUGAAGGGUGAAAAUAUAAGUGCUUCAGCUUAGCCGAACACUCAUGAAAUGGAAAUUUCCUGAAAUUGUGCUCUGACCCUGGUUUGAACAUGUCUACAGACGGGGGGUUCGGCACAGGAAGCAGUGAUGCUCAGCAGAGCUUGCAGUCCUUCUGGCCAAGGGUCAUGGAAGAUAUCCGCAAUUUAACUGUGAAGGACUUCAGGGUCCAGGAGCUUCCACUGGCUCGCAUAAAAAAAAUUAUGAAACUUGACGAAGAUGUAAAGAUGAUCAGUGCUGAAGCUCCAGUUCUUUUUGCCAAAGCUGCUCAGAUUUUUAUAACAGAGUUGACAUUACGUGCCUGGAUUCACACAGAGGACAACAAAAGAAGAACUUUGCAGAGGAAUGACAUUGCUAUGGCAAUCACAAAGUUUGACCAGUUUGAUUUUCUCAUUGACAUCGUUCCCCGGGAUGAGUUAAAACCUCCAAAACGACAGGAAGAGGUCCGGCAAGCAGUGACUCCAGCGGAACCUGUCCAGUACUACUUUACACUGGCUCAGCAACCAGCAGCUGUGCAAGUACAAGGCCAGGCUGGUCAGCAGACCACAUCCUCUACAACUACCCUCCAGCCUGGUCAGAUUAUAAUUGCGCAACCACAACAAGGACAGAGUGCACCAGUAACAAUGCAAGUGGGAGAAGGGCAACAGCUUCAGAUUGUCCAGGCCCAGCCUCAAGGUCAGAACCAGCAAGGACAAAGCGGAACAGGACAAACCAUGCAGGUUAUGCAGCAAAUAAUAACUAACACAGGAGAGAUCCAGCAGAUUCCGGUGCAGCUAAACACAGGUCAGCUACAGUACAUACGUCUUGCUCAGCCUGUAUCUGGAACUCAGGUUGUGCAGGGACAGAUCCAAACCUUAGCCAAUGCACAACAGAUUACACAGGCAGAUGUCCAGCAAGGACAGCAGCAAUUCAGUCAGUUCACCGAUGGGCAGCAACUAUAUCAGAUCCAACAAGUUACCAUGCAAGCAGGACAAGACCUCUCACAGCCCUUGUUCAUCCAGUCCAGCGGUCAAGCAGCUGAUGGGCAAGCUACACAGGUCACUGGAGACUGAUGUGAUGAUCACAGGAUGAUGGGGGCAAUGGAAUAUGGCGGGCAUUCACAAACAUAUGCACGCACUGGGGUUCUUUUCAUCUCCAGUGUAUCAAAAGGGACAACCGUCCACCAUAGUAUGAGGUUGAAUCUCGGUCAUCCCUGCAGGAUGUUUGGUGCAUUCUCCAAUGAUUUUAGAUUAUAAACACAGUGCACAACAAAACUGAAAAGGAGUACCCGGAAAGAGGAACCUCCUCUCCUUUUGUUUUCCGCUAGAACAUCCUGUAGUUUUGUUGCCUGUGCAUCGCCUUCAAGUAAUUUCCAGGCAGUAAAGCGCUUCGAAGGCAGAUUGCACUUGUUUCAUAGUAUAUUUGUAACAAAUGUAAAACUUAGAGAGUAAAUUAGUCAACAAGCACAUUUGUGCAAUGCUUUCUAAAUGUCAUUGGGGGGUUCUGCAAGGGCUAAAAUGUUCACUUACCCGUUUGCCUUCUCUAUGGUGACUGAAAAUGUCCAGCUUCUCUUUUGCAUCCAAACCAUUCUCCUCCCCAUCCCCAUGUUUGCUUUCCACAAUCCAACCUUUUGGGUUUUUUCUCUCUAAGUACUUGGUUGAAGGAAUAGCCAUUAAUUAACCCUUGUGGUUCCCUAAAGUAAACAAGGUUUCUUGUUCAAAUUGUCUGAGAUCCAUAUUGGUAAAUGUAAACAGAGGAGAAAACUGUCAUUUUUUUUUUUUUCUUAAAGUAUUGUGCUUGUCUGCAUUAAAUGCAUGUGAACUAUCUGCACAGACAGCAAUAAAGUUUCUUUUUAGAUACAAA